CAAAACUCAGCUCAUCAUUGCACAGAGCAAGCAGAAACAGAAACAGAGGAGAAUGAUUAGUGAAAGAGCACAUUAUAGCCAGCAUUCAUUCGCUCUCACGUAAGUGGAAAUCGUGAGCUGCGCUUCACAACAGCUCAAUCUCACACUCAUCUUCAUCCUCAUCUGCUACAACUCGCACUGCAAUCGUCCUUCUGAAAAAAGGUGCGCGGAAUAACCUUCGGACUGCACUUCAGAGCAGCAGUCAUGGCCUAGCAGCAGUCAUGGCCUAGAAGCUGGGCUUUGGUAGUUGGUUUUGUUUGGAUUUCGUUUGGCUUUGGCGGAUCUGUCGCAGCUGAAGGCCUUUGGCUUUCGGCCAUAAUUGCACGUAUGGCCAAGGCCCAUCGAGUGAGCUAGUGAGGGUAGCGGUGAACUAGUGGACAGGGAGACCUUUUUCUCUGUGAGCGAGAGCGAGUGAAGUCAAAGUGCCUGCGGCUGCUUGGUGCUGCUGCUGGUGCAAGAGCUGUGCAUGGGUCAUGGAUGGAUUCAUGGUGCUUGCUGCUUGCUCGACCUCUUUUCGCACAGUUGAACAAAAGCCACUUUUCUCAAUCGCGAGUCACGUGGUUCAGUUCGUUCAGAGUCCGUUCAGAGCUAUGGAUGUCGAAGAAGAAGAAGAAGAUGCUGAGUUCGAGCUCGGAUGCUGAUUCUCGGCAUCUCUAUCUAUCUAUCUAUCUGUCUGUCUACCUGGAGAACCGGAUCUUGCCUCGUAUGUAUCUGAUUAUGAAUAUGGGCCUUCGUAUUCAUGCAAAGCUACGGACGUUUACUUCGAGGAACAUCGUCAGUGCCUAUGUCGAUGUCGAUGGACGGACGAAGAUUCCUCGCUCGUCCAGGUUAAACCUCGAUCGAUCGAGCUCACAGUCCGUGCGAGAGGAUCAUCCGAGGACGAUGUCCGCACAUCAGCAGCACCGACCGAACGAACGAAACUGUGACCGGCAUAAUCGAUUUCUGCUGAGUGUUGUCGUGCUACCCCUUCGCAUCUCACUGCACUGCACUGCAUUUUCUUUCUUGCUCCGAACACCCUUCUCCACAUUCUCCUCCUCUUCUGUUUCAUGUUCUCCCUCCGGACGUCAGACAUCAGCCCAAGGACAUCAGCGAGAGCUGGCCUCUGCUUCUAGCCUCUGCUCUGCUCUGCUUUGCCCGACGCCUUCAAGCUCCCAGCGCUGCUCUUAACGAAAUCCACAUUUGUGCUCUGCUGCCGGAGCCGGAAAGCGAGGCACAUUUCGUCGUCCCGUGACAAUUCCAUCAACCUUGUCGUCUAUGGAUGAAGUGCACUCGUCUUUCGUACUGCCAAGGAGGCAUAACAUUCGAGCUGCUCGAAGAGCACGACGACCACCACCACCUCGAAGAAAGUUCCUUCGUUUGUGAGUGACGGUGUCUCGAUCAGUAUUCCGCCCGUCUCGAGAAGAGGCUUCAGACGAGCAGACAGAAAAUCUGAAUUAAAGAAAGACCGAACGAACGAACUCCGAGUCUUUCUCUCGAAUGUACACUCUCGUGUCCGGAAUGCAGGACUCGACAUUCGUGGAUCAGAAGGACUGCGCAUGGAUCUCACGGACGGAGGUUCUGGAAGUCCAACAAGUCCCGCGGUGAGUGCUGCAUCGAUCGGUAGGUGUGGACAGGCAAAAUGCAAAACGUACAAUGCCCAACGCACAAUGCGGGAGAGGAGGCCGAGACGAUUUGCGGUAGGCGAUGGUUCAGUGCAGACUCGCUCGCUCGUCUGCAGGGCUCUUGCGGUGCGACGGCGGACGACGCGAUUCUGAACAUGUUGCAGCGAGUCCGAUAUUCCCCGAGGCAGCCAUAGCCAUGCAUGCAGUGAUCGAACGACCGAAUGGCCUCCUCCUAUAGGUGUUUAUGUAUAAUUUCGGUAUCGUACCAUUGUAUUUAACAGAACUCCCAAACCAUACAUAGUAGAAUCCCUAGGAGUCAGCACAAGUGGGUUGCUACGAGUGUAAGAUUUCAGAUUUGUCAUAGACUCUACUCGAAAUGGUGAAGAUCUAUUUGGGAGAAGUUGGAAGCUUGAUUGCGAACAUGGACCUGAACUUGAAGAAUAUCACGUCCACGAGGUGGUGGUACCAGUGAUGAAUUUGACCACAUUGACAUUUCUCAGGGGUUGAAAGGCAUGAGGAGGAUAUCUUCGAGGCCGAGGAGAUGAUUGUCGAGGGUAACAUCUACGAAUGAUAACAUACGGGUUUGGGUGAGUGUUGUAUAAUAUAUGUGGUAUUAUACGGUAUUAUACUACGCAGUCCGCGAAGAAUCCAAUUAUAAACCCAUAUCUCCUCCUCCUCAUCGUAUUCCACCUGGUCGGAGAUCUUCUGAGCGCCAAAUAAUUCACUUCAGUUCCUCGAACUAAUUGACGCCCGACGAUCUCUUUGCGUCUCGAGCCUCUGCCUCCCUCGACCAGAGCAAGCAUGGGAUUCCACUCCUCUCGACGAUGAUUUCGAUCACCGGCGUCUGCAUGGCGUUCGUUCUGGUCACGUAGCCAGGCCUGCAAAUUCUGCCCCGCUAGCGAUCGCCAGGUUUAGCAAUCAUCCACUUGUACUUUUAUUAAUUAUUUCUUUGAUUUUUUAUAUGUAUU